AUGACGUCGCUUUCGAAUUUCGCAAACCAGGAUGAAGCCAACAGCAACAUUAACGGCGACGGUAACAGCAACAUCAGAGGAGCACCCCCGCCUCUACCACCACGGGCCUCACAAUCAAACGAGAUGAGCUCGCCUCCCAGCUACACUUCGGUCAUGGCCAUGUCGUCACAGGAUCCUCGAUCCUCAUCGACGCAGUCGCUGGUUCCAGACCCCACAUUGGAGAAUACGGGACGUCGCCGUAUACUGCUCGUGUACGUCCAUGGCUUCAUGGGCAAUGAGACAAGUUUCAGGAGCUUUCCGGCCCACGUUCACAAUCUCGUCACCGUGACACUGGCUGAAACGCACGUGGUCCAUACCAAGAUCUAUCCCAGAUACCGAGCACGAUACAGUCUCGAGCAAGCAAGGGAUCAAUUCUCUGCCUGGCUAGCACCCCACGAAGACCAGUGGACCGACGUCAUCCUUCUUGGUCACUCCAUGGGAGGACUUCUCGCUGCCGAUGUUGCUCUUCUGUUCCGUCACCGCAUUGUUGGCAUCAUCAACUUCGAUGUUCCCUUUGUUGGCAUGCACCCUGGCAUUAUCAAAGCAGGACUAGGAAGCAUCUUCACAAAAGUAGCACCACCACAAGACCAGAUACUCACGUCAGGCUCGACAGAGAACAAGCCCAGCCGGAUGAGCACAAUCUUUAACCCAAAACCGGCAGAUCCCAACUACAACCCCUCUUUCCCCAAUGAUGUUCACCUGCCGGCCCGCAAGGGCUGGGAGAAUGCACUGCACUGGUUUAACAAGCACUCUAGUGGCAUUAGGGAGGCUGGUAAAGGCCUGGUAAAGUCGCACUUUGAGUUUGGCAGUGCCAUGGCCGACUACAAAGAACUGAAGGAUAGGUAUGCACGAGUGCGAGCUCUUGAGGAAGAUGACGAGACCAAACGACGCAUGGGCAACCCAGAUGUACAAUCGCCCCCUCGGAUACGAUUCGUCAACUACUACACUGCAAGUACUGGCAGACCGAAGAAGCCUAAAUCACCAAAAAGCCCCUCGCCGUCUCGUGCGGGUAGCAUGUCGCUGCAGCAUCGUGAUAGCGAUGCGAGUGGCCCUGUAGAUCAAUCGCAGCACGAUGUCAAGAUAACAAGCUCGAGUCGUGAUAGUUCCAAGGAACAACCAAGGGAAGAGUUUGAUUCUGUUGCUCCGCGAGAUGGCCUUCUCGAGACCAGUCUGCAGAAGAGCUCUUCACAUUGUAAUAAAAAUCAGCAAACCCUCCCACAGAUUCCACCUAUACCACAGGAGCCACCUUUUGUCGAUCUUGCGCAGAUCACAGACAGGGCACAACGACGAGCUGCUGAAAGAGAGUACGACGAAGCUCUCGAAGAGUACCAGAAAGCAGUGAGAGCACGCAACAAGAUUAUCCAUGAACGAGAAGACAUCGAAGAAGAGAUGGAAAAACAGCGGCAAGAGAGGGCUGCUGUGCCACUACCGAAGCCGAAACCCGAGUUGACAGGCGAAGAGCUCAGGCUAGACAAGGAAAAGGAGAGGAUGGCAAGGGAACAGGCGAGACUCGAAGGAAAGGAGUACCCACCUCCAAACCAAGAUACAACGGCCAGCGCCCAAGAAGCACCAGGAGUGGAGACACCAGGCUUGGAAUCAGGCCUCCACACAAUGCAACUCGGCGACCAAUCUUCGCACAGCCCGUACGCAAGCUAUGAUUUCUCUCGCAGCGCAAUCCUCAGCCAAGCCUCCCCCAACGACCAAGCAUCCAUGACCGACUCCAACUACACGUCCAACACCACUGAAAGCACCGAGACCGAAGCCGAUUCAAGUGACACCAAAGCAGACAGGAAGAAGGAAAAGGAGAAGAAGUUGGGCAAAUUUUGCAUGCUUCCUCCCAAAGACGGCUCGGGCCACAAAGACCCCACAUGGAUCCGCGUGUACAUGGAGGGCAUGGAUGAAGUGGCUGCGCAUACAAGUCUGUUCUUUGUGAAUGAGACGUACGAGAGGUUGGUCGGGGACGUAGGAGCGAGGAUCGAGGAAUGGACUCGGGAGGCGGAUAGCAUGAGGCUGGUCAGGGAAAUGAGCGGACUCGAAUAG